AACACUGCACCAGCAGGAGCGACAGUGGGUGGAGCAGCAGAUUCCGGCACAGUGAGCACUGCAGCGUCGGGUGGUGGGGCUUCGGCCGCGUCCUCAACAGGUGCUGCUCUUGCACCUGCGGAGGAGGGACAACAGCAGACUCGCCAAGACCAGAG